GGGGGCGGAGCCGCCGCCGCCGAGCCGGAGCGUCGGGGCUGUGGAGGGCGGGGGGAAGACACCGGGCACGGAGCUGCUGCCGCCACCGUUCCCCUGCGCCAGAUGCACCCCUGCUUGUGAGCAGCAGAAACCUGGGAAGAUGAGAAGAGGAAGCUUAAGCCUGGUUCCUGAGAUGUGAAGAUGAAGUUUAAGCCUGAUUCCAGAAUCUGAGAUGCAGUAGAUGGUGCUGAAGCAACACUGAGGCUCCUGAAACAUCCACAGUCCAGUGUGUAUGUAGAAAGUGCCUGCUGGCUCUCCCGAACAUUAAUGGUCCUGUGUCUUCAAGAGGUGCCCUCUGGGACAACAGAACACUGACUUGUACAAUGAGUGUACCCUACAGAAUUCAGGAUCCUUACAUAAGGAGAGAACAGUCUUUAUCCACAGCAAGUACUUUCUGAAUUGGUCUUACAAGUCUUGAGUAUAAACUCACGUAAGUUCUGAAAAUGGGAAGAAUUUUUCUGGAUCAUAUUGGUGGCACUCGCCUGUUCUCCUGUGCAAACUGCGACACGAUUCUGACCAAUCGUUCUGAGCUUAUCUCCACUCGUUUUACAGGGGCCACGGGAAGAGCCUUUCUUUUUAACAAGGUGGUAAAUCUGCAAUACAGUGAAGUUCAGGAUCGGGUCAUGCUCACUGGCCGCCACAUGGUUCGAGACGUGAGCUGCAAGAACUGCAACAGCAAACUGGGUUGGAUCUAUGAAUUUGCCACUGAAGACAGCCAGCGCUACAAGGAAGGCCGUGUUAUCCUGGAAAGAGCAUUGGUCCGAGAGAGUGAAGGAUUUGAGGAGCAUGUUCCAUCCGACAAUUCCUGAAGAGACCUGAGUCUCUUUGCAGGUUCUCUUCAACUGAAACUCAAAAAUAAUAAAAUCAACAAAAAAAUCUGCUUACAUACACUGUCACCUUAGCAUCAGAGUCGGAUUCAUGGACUACAGAGUGGGAAAGAUUGUGAGAGUAUUUCAGAUGGAACCUUCCUUUCUUUAUUCCUUUUAUAUUUUACUUUCCCUCCAGCAGCCGUUUGUAGAAAGAAUGUUGUGCAGAUGCUGUAAUUUUUUCUCUCUUGCAUUUACAUCUGUUAGAUUAGAGAUUGUAUCUACAGAUACAAUAGGGUAAAAGGAAAAUAUUUUGGGGAUUUGUCUUUUGUUAGAGAGAAAUCAGUGAGGUUUUUUUUUAGUUUGCACAAACUGAUGUCAGUGUAAAGUUAUUUUAAAAAUACAGAAUUUUUUUUUUUAAAAGUAUAUUCCAGUUGUUGGCCUGAGUUUUUAGUUAGAUUUUUUUUUUACCUGGUCUUUUCACCUGAUUUGCUAGCUAAAGUAAAGAGAUCCGAAUUUGUGCCGAGUGCUAAAGGUUCAGUGUUGGUACAGCUUGGGCUGGCCCUUGUGCCAUAUUCUUGUUGAGGUUGAUUGGUAGCACAGAGCCCAUUACUUCUUGUCGUUCUUGACCCAAAGAUGUCACCAUUCCUUGUUCAUUUGUGAAGUCCCAUUCACCAUGUAAACUGGUGUUGAUUGGAAACUAUUCUUGAAAUAGGGCAAAACUGCUUGGCUUUUUUUUAAUUUUAACUGAUGUAACUUAUAAGCAUAGUAAUAAUAUAAAAUAAUAGUUGUCUGUUUAGUCUUGCGUUGCUUACAAAGCGGAAGCUGCGUUUGUAAUGAUAGGGAUCCACUGAGAAACUACUGUUUCAGUAGUAAUUUUUUUUUUUUUUUCGUUUCUCUACUAAUCUCGUUAAGUUAGACAGGCAAUUGCGAUUCUUAAUUCUUCUUCAAGAAGCUUUCUUUAAACCCAGAACUUCCUAUGUUAAACACAGCUGCUCUGUAAAAGGAGAAGAUUGCCAGCAUGUUUGGUUCAUGCCUAGAGGUACGCAAUCUGCAUCUCUUGAAAAGAUGAACUUAAACAGCUUGUUUUCAAAUGCUGCUUCUGGUGUCGAAACCUUUAUCUUUCAACUUUGUUGAACCUUUUCCUUGUGAUGUUACGUUUUUAUCUUUCUGGGCAGCAGUACAUGUCAGCCUAGUAGUGACUUGGAUUCUUGCUUUCUUCUUGUAGAGGUCAGCUCUGUUUAAAACGAUGGUCUUGCUUGCCUUUGUAGCAAAAAUGCUCUUUGUUAACUUAACUCAAGGGUGCCCAAACACUUUUGUUGUGUCUUAAGCCAUAAGUUAAGAUCUCAAGGGCUGAAGUUAAUUUGAAUGUUAGAUAUGUAUGAUUCCUUAUCAAAGAUAUAAAGGUGGGGUUUUUUUCUUAUUGGACACUGUGGUCAAUGUGAAGUUACCCACAGAUGUACAAGAGCGGGGAAAAAAAAUCCGCACCAACCAAGCAGAUCUGGGCUCUGACCUUUCAGAAUAACUUUUCUUUACUAGCCACAGCUCCAUAUCUGAAACUAAAAUGUGGAGGGUGACUAUGCAGAGUAUUUUUCUUAAGUUUUUUGGUUGCCAAGUGGCAAUUUGGACACCCCUGACUUGAAUCUACUGCCUAUUUCAUGUAAAAGUAGCUUUAUUAUAGAAUCAUCACAUAGAAAGAAAACAGUAGAUCGCAUACCAGAGCUGUGCUUGAAUCAAGCUGCUUAAACAGUAGUGUACUUGUGCCUCAAAUGAAUCAGUUUUUGCACUGAGUACGGUAGUACCCCAUUACCUUGUACUUUUGUCCUUCACAGACCCUAAAAACCCCAUUAGCAUGGUUCUCUGCAGUACUUUUCUUGUACUUCUGACAUUACAGUACAAUAAAGUAUGUUUUGUCCUGAA